AUGUACCUUCGACUCGUCCGUCUUCAGCAACAUUUCAAGCCAUUGUCUCUACGACGAUUUCACACUUCUAUGACUCCCAAGAUGAAAAUUAUUCCUGUUCCAAUUCGUUCCGACAACUAUAUGUAUGUGCUCCAAGAGAGCAAGGCCGUGGGAGAGAAAAGCAAGGCAUUCCUGAUAGACCCAGCCGCUCCAGAUGCGCUGGACAAAGUUUCAGCCCUUCCAGAAGGAAAGUCACUCGACAUUGUGGGCGUGCUGACGACCCAUCACCACGAAGACCAUGCCGGUGGGAAUCCAGGCAUUGCCAAGGCGUUACCUUCUGCAAUCAUUUACGGUGGUAGCUCCCAAGUACGCGCUGUCAGCGAGAUUAUAAAGGACGGAGACUCGCUCACAUUGGGAGACUCUAUUAAUAUCAGAUGUCUAGCCACGCCCUGUCAUACACGAGACUCUAUCUGCUACUAUGUAACAGAUGGCGACCAAAAGGCCGUAUUCACUGGAGACACACUCUUCCAAGGAGGCUGUGGACGGUUCUUUGAAGGUACACCAGAGGAGAUGCACGCAUCAUUAUCCUAUCUAGGCACACUUCCCGAGGACACCGUUGUGUACAACGGUCAUGAAUACACUAAAGGCAAUGUCAAGUUUGCCAAGACGAUUGAUCCAUCGAAUCCUGACAUUGGGCGCCUGGAAGAGCUCUGUGCGUCCAAUGAGAUUAUGGCUGGCAAGAGUACGAUCGGGGAUGAAAAGAAGUGGAACGUCUUUAUGCGACUCGGAGAUGAGACGAUCAAGAAAGCUACAGGCGCAGAGGAUGCGGCUGCUGUGAUGGGCAAACUCAGAGAGAUGAAGAAUGCAAUGUAG